AACGACUAACGGAAGAAUAAAAUGGAAAGGACCCAAACAAAGAAUACGUAAAGUCAUUGCCCAAGUCCUUUCUUUUUACACUUCGAAGCUUCAUGUAGGAACUCAAAAUCCUCAUUUUCAUAUCUCUUUAGCCAUUUACUUGUUGCAUUCUCAUGAGCUACCCACUCGUGCAUCAACCUGUUCAAGAAACAACCCACCACCUUUCACUCUCCCAUUCCCAUUUCCCAAAACCCUCACUAAACCCACAAAAUUUCGAACUCAACUUCCGAACCAUAUGCAACAAUCUCUUGUCCCUAACCCAAUCAAGAUCCUUACCUAAAGGGCUCGCAUUACACGCACAUAUAAUCAAAUCAGGCAUUCAAAUAAUCCCACUUGUUUCCCACCACUUAAUCAACUUCUACUCAAAGCUCCAACGCCCACUUGAUUCCGCACAAGUUUUCCAUGAAACCCAUUUCAAGUCUUCCACUACUUGGAGUUCAGUUAUCUCUUCUCUUGCCCAGAAUGAACAACCAAUUCUUGCUUUACAGUAUUUUCGUGAAAUGUUGCAUAAUGGGGUUAGGCCUGAUGAUCAUAUUUUCCCUUGCGCGACGAAAGCGUGUGGGAUUCUUUCUGAUUAUCGUAUUGGGCAAUCGAUUCAUUGCUUUGCUUUGAAGAUUGGAUUUGAGUCUGAUGUGUUUGUAGGGAGUUCUGUGGUGGAUAUGUAUGCCAAAUGCGGGAAGAUUGAGAUUGCUCGGGAGGUGUUCGAUCAAAUGCCUGAGAGAAAUGUGGUUUCUUGGAGUGGAAUGAUAUACGGGUAUGCUCAAAUGGCUGAGGAUGAGGAAGCUUUGAGGCUUUUCAAGCUUGCUUUAGGUGAAAAUUUGGAUGUCAAUGACUUUACCUUUUCGAGUGUGAUUCGGGUGUGUGGGAAUUCCACCUUGCUCGAAUUAGGGAAGCAAAUACAUGGUUUGUGCUUGAAAACGAGCUAUGAUUUGUCGAGUUUUGUUGGGAGUGCCUUGAUAUCUUUGUACUCCAAGUGUGGUCUUGUGGAAGGCGCUUAUCGUGUGUUUGAUGAGGUUCCGCUUAGGAAUUUAGGAAUGUGGAACGCGAUGUUGAUUGCUUGUGCUCAGCACGGGCACGCUAGAAAAGUAUUUGACUUGUUUAAACAAAUGGAGAGUGUUGGAAUGAAGCCAAAUUUUAUUACCUUUUUAUGUGUUCUAUAUGCUUGUAGCCAUGCUGGGCUGGUUCAAGAAGGAAAAUUUUACUUUGAUUUGAUGAAGAAGCACGGAGUUGAGCCACGAGAUCAACAUUAUGCUUCCCUUGUGGACUGCCUUGGACGAGCUGGAAAAUUGCAAGAGGCCGUUCAAGUUAUUGAGGAGAUGCCGAUGCAACCAACAGAGUCUGUUUGGGGAGCUCUAUUGACUGGCUGUAGAAUCCACAAAAACACAGAAUUGGCAGCUUAUGUGGCUGACAGUGUCUUUGAGUUGGGUCCUGUUAGCUCAGGCGUACAUGUGCUACUGUCCAAUGCAUAUGCUGCUGCUGGUAGAUAUCAAGAGGCUGCCAAAGCAAGGAAAAUGCUUAGAGACAGAGGUGUGAAAAAGGAAACUGGUUUGAGUUGGGUUGAGGAGGGAAAUAAAGUCCACACAUUUGCUGCUGGCGAUAGAUCUCAUUUGAAGUCUAAGGAGAUAUAUAAGAAGUUGGAUGAAUUAGGUGAUUACAUAGAGCAAGCUGGGUAUGUUGCAGACACAAACUAUGUAUUGCAACAGGUAGCUGGCCAGGAAAAGAGUGAGGCUAUCAGGUAUCACAGUGAAAGAUUAGCCAUUGCUUUUGCACUUAUCACCUUUCCACCUGAAAGGCCUAUUAGAGUUAUGAAAAACUUGCGUGUAUGUGGAGAUUGUCACAAUGCAAUAAAGUUUAUUUCUAAGUGCACCAGAAGAGUAAUUAUAGUGAGGGAUAACAAUCGAUUUCAUCGUUUUGAGGAUGGGAAAUGCUCAUGUGGUGACUAUUGGUGACAAAUCAUUAGCGGCAAGGCUGGGCUGCUGGGAUCACGUUCAUAAAGCCUUGCAGACCGGCUUGCAGAUUUAGCUAGCAACUUCUCUACUUGCUGAUAGAUUAGCUGU